GUAAAAGCAUAAAGAUGGUAAACUGAUAGAAAUGCUGAUUAAUAAACAUGACAUGGCAAAGUAUGACACAGCAAGUUACUUUAUUUAUAUUAUUUGUAUGUUCGCUUGGAUGGUACAGCGUCAGUAACGAUUAUGUCGUGUUUGAUAAUUCUUUGUUCGACUACGUGCACAUUUGGAUGUGCUGGUCACGUAUUAUCCACUAUCUGAUAUCCAGUGUUUUCAUCUACCUUUUAUAUGCCUACUCAUACAGCCAAGUUUGUAAUGUUAAAACAACUCGGUUUCAAAACGUCCUUUUCAAUCUCAGUGCACUUAUUGCCACACCAGGCUUUGCCGCUAUUAUUCUUAUAUGGAGCCCAGAACUACAAACUGUAAAACUAUUCUUCCAAUUCUUUUCCCCAUGCAUCCAUCUCUCCCUAAUGUUGUUUAGCACUCUGUUACUUUGCUGCAAUAAAAAAUCAUCAGUCUUUAAAAGAAAUUUCACAAUCCCUUUUUUUUCGAUACUUUUCUUUACGAUGUUAACAUUUUUCAUUCACCCUCGAUCCCCAUGUGUGUCUGAUGUUGCUGUAAAUAGGACAAAGCCUUUAAUAUUUGGACACAAAGGUUUUCCAAUGAUUGCACCUGAGAACACUGAACUAUCAUUUCAACUUUCACUUGAAUAUGUUGACGGUUUCGAAACCGACGUCGCAGUUUCCUACGACGGCGUUCCAUUUCUUAUACACGAUCGGACUUUAAAACGAACAUCAAACGUAGAAGACGUUUUCCCUGAUCGUAAGCAUGAGCGUGCUGAGAUGUUUACAUGGGGAGAGUUGCAGAAACUUGACGUUGGCACUUGGUUUAUAAGAGAUCAUCCUUAUCAUAUUUUCCCGAGCAAUUACCCUGAGGAAAUUAGGCAAAGGAUUAAACAGCAGAAACUGAUGUCUCUCAACCAGUUAGCUGUUUUAGCUGCAGAACAUGGGAAGUAUAUGAUAUUUGAUCUAAGAAUGCCACCGAUGGGCCACCCACAUGCAUAUAAUUACAUCCAUGUGAUUAUAGAUGCGGUAUUAUCAUCAGGGAUAAAACAGUCACAAGUGUUCUGGGUGUUGGGCCCAUAUGCUGACUAUGUUACUUCAAAAGCACCGGGUUUUAAUCUUGUAUAUGGCGCUAAAGUAAAUCAUUUUUCAAAAUACACAAUGUCAGGGCUCAUAUUGGAAUACAACACUGUCAGUGGGGAAGAGAUACAAAGUUAUAAAGAGAAACAAAACAUGGAUGUUAUAUUAUACACCUCUUCAACAGAAUGGACAUUUUCCCUUGCCUGGUGCCAAGGUGCAUUUGCCUACAUAUCUGAUGACCCUAAAAUACAUUCACAACUAAACAAACCAAUCUUUUUAUUCACUGUAAGAGAGUACAACAAUAUCUGGCGAGUGUGUUUCAUAUUUUGCUGUAUUUGUAUAUUUUUGUCUUCAUAUAUCCGAACUAAUACUUAUUUUAAACCCUCAAGAUAAUUGAUAUUUUUCUAAGUUUAAAUAAUAUAGGCUGUUGCUAGUAGGUUGUUAUUACACUUGUUUUCUAAAUCAGCUCUUCCAGGCUUAACAGCUGUCCGUGUCGUUCUUCCUGACGAAGAGGACUUGUUUGCGAUGUUGAAACAUUAGUUUGCAAAUAAAUGCCAGAAUAGCUGUUUUAGAAAACAAAUGCUUAGUUUAAGCCACUUUUCUUCUAACUGAAUAUUGUUAAAAAUAAUACAAAUAAAUAUAAAAAUAAUACAAUAUAGAAACAGGUUAUGAAGCAUUUUUCCCAUCUUUUUUUUUAACUUCUAACUUGCUUUUGUUGACAUUUUGUGUUAAAAGCCACCCUAAGAAGCUGGGCAAAUGGCAAUGUUUAUAAGCUUAGUUGUUUACAAAGUAAAGGUUUUCAUUUAAUAUGUAGUGAACAGAACUUUUCAUCGCAAGAUUUUAUUUUGAGCCCGUUGGUACAAAUUUGUUUUUUCUUUUGCAAGAGAUUAGUUGGGAAGUAAAGUAAAUAAUACAACAAAUAUAUUUUAUUGUUUAAAAUAUAUAAUGAAUGUUUGAAAGUAAUAAUAACACAGCUGAUAUAAUACUGCAGUAUAAUACACCACUACAUCAGUAGUUGACUUUUAUAAUAGUGUUACUGUUAUUUUUGUCUUCAUAUUUUAUUGUUACCAGUAUAUUCCAGACCUGAAUGUAACAAAUACCUUGAUUUGGUAACUAUGACAUCAUAACUACUAUGAGUAUAGUAGCCUUUUGUUUUUGCACUGUUAAAAUAAUGCUA